AAUUCCCGAAAAUUUUCUGUUAUUUGUUCUUCACAUACUCAUAUGAGAAAAAGAAUAAUGGCUACAAUAACCAUAGAUCCAACUUUGAGUUCUCUCCAAAUCAAGAAAGACACUCACCAUCAACAUGGUGUUGUGAUUGAAGAAAUUGAAGGGCUGAUUAGAGUUCACCAAGAUGGACACGUGGAACGACCCCAGAUCGUGCCAUGUGUCUCGUGUGCAUUGCCCUCGGAGUUGGGCGUGACAUCUAGGGACAUGGUGAUUAACAAGUGCACAAACAUUUGGGCACGGUUUUAUGUUCCGAAAUGUCAUAACAAGCAGCUCCCUUUGCUUGUCUACUUCCAUGGAGGUGGAUUUUGUGUUGGCUCAGCCUCUUGGAGUUGCUACCAUGAGUUCCUAGCACGCCUAGCCGCCAAUGCCGGUUGCUUGAUCGUGUCGGUGAACUAUCGAUUGGCACCGGAAAAUCCUCUUCCGGCUGCCUACGACGACGGUUUUCAAGCUCUUAUGUGGCUGAAACAACAGUCUCUAUGUGGUAACAAUGAAUGGUGGUCACGGCAGUGCAACUUCUCUAGCAUCUUUCUAGCCGGUGACAGUGCCGGUGCCAAUAUAGCUCACAAUGUGGCCUUGAGACUAUGUUCUAGCAGUGGAUUCGAAGCCAUGGAUUUAAAGCCUUUGGGCUUUAAAGGGACCAUUUUAAUACAACCCUUUUUUGGAGGAGAGGUGAGGACUAAUUCUGAGAAGUAUAUGGUGCAACCGCCGCGCUCGGCGCUCAGCUUGGCGGCCUCUGAUGCGUAUUGGAGGAUGUCGCUGCCUGCCAGUGCGAGCCGUGACCAUCCAUGUUGCAACCCAGUGGCAAAAGGGCUCACUAAGUUGGAGGACUUGAGGCUUUUGCCUACCCUGGUUUGUGUGUCCGAGUUGGAUAUAUUGAAAGACAGGGACUUGGAGUUUUGUGCUGCUUUGGCUAGUGCAGGUAAAAAAGUCGAGCAUGUGGUGUACAAUGGUGUAGGCCAUGCAUUUCAGAUUCUUAACAAGUCUCAGCUCUCGCAAACUCGAGCCCAUGAAAUGAUUUCACGUAUCAAGGCCUUCAUCAAUAGCUGACAUAGUCAAUUCUAUUCGCCGUACUAUCAACUGAUAGAUGACCUUUUCUCAAAGUGACGUAUCGGUGACCUUUUUUUAAAUUUAUAUGCGAUUGAUAUUGGUCAGUUUAUACUGACAUAAAGACCGAUACCGCAAUUAUGACCGAUAUUACAAUCCAUAAACUACGUAGAUACGAUUCGUUUUGUACACUAUUUAUAGUUUGUAAUUUUCACUCUCUUGUUAUAUCGUAUGCUAAAUAAUUGAGAAUCAAUCACUUUCCAUAUGA